AUGGUGGCUUCUGCUCAAAUGAUUCGCACCUUUGAUACAAACAGUGAAGCUCUGAUCCCAGGACAAGUGGUAUUAGAGUUGAUCGAUUCAGAUGGUGGUUUCUGUGUGAGGGAUUCGUACCUAGAAGAGAUUGGUGAUGGAGAAACUUUGAUAGCCAGGUUGUGUGACGGUUGUUGGAAACCCGUCUUGGUGCUGGAUCCUAUGGAAGGGUGA